AUGGGGGACUAUAGCUCAACUUGGAGUGACGGGGAUGACGGAUAUACGGGCGAUGAUGAUUCUACUUCGGAGAAUAGUUCCAAAUCCAGGAUCUAUAAAAAUGUACCUCCUUUUGGGGAGAACCUUCCAUCAUCGGCCUCCUCAGAAAACAUGAGUGAAGUGCUAUACGGUGGUCACGAGGAGGAUGAGUAUUCAGACAUGGAGGUUGGGUUUGAUGAAUAUAGCGUGGAGGUAGGACUACAUCACGAGGAAUCAAGCUCUGAAAAUAAGAGCGAAGUGAUAUGUGGUGCUGACAAUGGGCGUGAACAUCACAGUCAAGCAGAUCCAGAUAUUGUGAGUAAUGAAUAUAAGAUGCACUCUGUGGAAGAGCACUGUAAAAUACUGGACAUGACAUUUUCUUCCGAACCGGCGGCUUUUGUCUGGUACAACAGCUAUGCGAGAGAGCAUGGCUUCAGCAUCCGAAAGGACAUUUUGAAGAGGGCAAAGCGAGGGAAACGUGGUAAGGGAGAAAUACGGUUAAGGCGGUAUGUCCUGUUCCAGGAGGUGGAAACGUCAGGAAAAGCUUUUAACGCAGGAAGGCCGCAGUCGUAG